GAAACCCAGACCCCUGAAAUGAGGACUAGACUAGUUCCGUGUUAGACAUUUUCAACUCUGGAACAAUAACUUUAUGUAUUUCAUGUCUAACAUUUUUUCUUUACAUUUACAUUUUCCGGCAUAAUAUCAGGAUCUUUCUGACAGACCUGUGAGAUUGAUACGAGUUUCUCUUGGUUUCUCUCAAAAUUGAUUUACGUGGAAGUGUAAAUUUACUAGUCGCCUAUCUAAAAGAUGGGGUGUGUUUUGUCAAAUAUGGAUGAGGAAGGGAAGAUUCAUGCCUGUACGGAAAGGAAGAAGUUAAUGAAACAAUUGGUGGACAUUAGAGGGCUUUUUUUUGAUUCCCAAUGGGCCUAUUUGAAAGCAUUGAGGAACACUGGUGUAACCCUUAGGCAAUUCACAGAGUCUGAGUUGUUGGAGCUUGAAAAUUCUUCUGAUGGCAUUGGCUUGGCUGUGUCUGCCUCUCCAUCCCUCCCCCUGCCUCCAUCCCCUCCACAACCACCACCACCACCACCUCCUCCUCUUAGUCCUGACAAGACUUCUUCUAUGCAGCUAAAUCAGGGCUCAUCAUUGGAAGGCUACAUUUUUGGGUCACCUUCAACCUAUCAUAAAGGAUCUGAAAUAGAAGAACUAGAAACUGAGGAGAACUGGGAAGAAACCAACACAGAGUUUGGGGAUGAAGAUUCUGAAGCACAAGGUGUUGCAAGUGGUGUUGUAAAUCCACUUUGUAGGAAACAAAAGUGGAGAGAACCGGUUGAUGAUUCUUGUACUGUGAGCUUUUGUGCAAAAGAAUCUACAAAUUUGUCCAUGGUAGUUGGAGAGAAGAAAUCACUGGAGGAUAUUGUUAAAGACUUGGAUGAUUGUUUCCUGAAAGCAUCUGAAUGUCGGAAGGAAAUAGCUGUUCUAAUUGAUAUCAGUAAAGGAGACAUUUUUCUGCACCAGAAUUCUGGACUUCAAAAGUCGAAAAAAAGUGAUUCUGCAAAGGUCUUCAGCGUGCUUUCUAGGAACAGGCACACCAAGUCAUCCCAGUUUACCAGAGAGUCUGCUGAAUCAUCUGGUCCUAGUGAACCUUGCAAGCCAGGAGCUCAUUGUGCCACGCUUAAAAAAUUAUAUGCUGUAGAUAAGAUACUUAGCAAGUUAUUGAAGGAGGAGGAAAUUGUGAAAUUGGAGUACGAGAAGAAGUCCUUUUUAUUGCAAAAAAAAUUGGACGAGAACCCUGAUUGGGUUGAGAUGGAAAAAACUCGAUUAAGUGUUGAGAAUUUAAAAUCUAAUCAAUUACAACUGCAGCAGUCAAUUAGCGAAGCAACUUCUUCAAUAUUGGAAGUCAUGGAUAAGGAGCUGUAUCCUCAGCUUGUUGCAUUAACUUCAGGGUUGACUCAAACGUGGAGGACAAUGUAUAAAUGUCAUCAGGCCCAAAUUCUCAUCUCGCAGCAGUUGAUUUACCUCAGUGAUAAUCAAAGCACAUUGCUAAAUUCUGAGUAUCAUCGCCAGGCUACACUUCAGCUUGAGAAUGAGGUCACAUAUUGGUAUAAAAGCUUUUGUAACCUGGUAAAAUCUCAGCGGGAAUAUGUAAGGAUUCUGGAUGCAUGGAUUCAACGUACUCACUGCCUCAUGGAUGACCAUAAACGGAGUAGUUGCGCUUCAAUGAUUCAUAGCAUUAUUGAACAGUGGAUGCGUGGACUUGCCGAAUUACCUGAUAAGGAGACCUCUGAAUCAAUUAAAAACCUACGGUCAUCUAUCAGUUGCAUAAUUGCCCAGCAAGCCGAGGAAGAUAGACUGCGAAAAAAGGUCAGAAAACUGGAGAGAAAGCUGCAAAGGGAACGUAACUAUCUAGCAGAGACGGAGAACAAACUUGAGUGGAACGAUGAUGCUGGGGACACACCUCCAAGCCCCAGCAACCCUUCAUCAAUUAAACGUGCCAAAGUGGAAGCCUUUUUAUCAGCUAAACGUGACAAAAUUGAAGCCUUAAAGAAGCAAUUGGAAAGUGAGCAGGAGAAUUAUUUGAAAGCUGUCCAGACGAACACUGUCAUGGCUCUAAACAGCCUCAGGUCAAGACUUCCUCCUUUGUUCCAGUCCCUUUCGUCAUUUGCUAGUGCUUAUAUUCGAGCAGUUGAUGCUGUGAAUAACCAAGGUAACCCAGCAGAGUGUAAUGACACUGCAUCUGAAAACUAGUACAAUUUCCUUUUGUUUUGAUGCUCUGAAAAGAAGCAGCAAUGUUUUUUAGUACA